GGAGCAGCAACAGGAGCGAGUGGGUUCAUCCCCUCCAUCGCCCACCUUUGGGGCUUCCUGGUUUCUUUCUUUCCCUCGUUCCUUUUCUCCAACGUAGUCUCACUCACACCCCCCUCUCCCGAUCGAUCCUGUUUCUCUUCCCCCCGCACGCCAACAUGCGGCUAGCUACCGAACUCAAUGCUCAAUCUAUAGGCUCUAACCUCGAGUCCUCAUUUUUCCCAUUGACAGCCAUCCCCUCCCUGCCUCUGUUUGUCGCAGCAAGGAACCACGCGCAAAACAGCCCAGACAAGAUCGCCAUUGUUGAUGCGACCAAAGGGCAGCAGUUCACGUUCGGGCAACUCCUGGCCGAUGCGGCCGCCCUCAAAAAGCUCAUCCUGGAGGAAUUGAGCCUUGUGGAGACCGGAAAUUUGGAAGAGAGACGGAUUGCGUUUCUGACGCCGAAUGGAUAUGACUAUGUGGUUACGCAAUGGGCUGUCUGGGCUGCAGGAGGCGUCUGUGUGCCGCUGUGCACAACACAUCCGGUCAAAGAGCUGCUAUACACGAUCGGAGACUCCGAUCCGUCAUUGAUCAUCCUGCACCCUUCUUUUGAGAAGUUCGAGGCACCCCUGCGGGAGGGCAUCAGCAAGAAGAUCCCUUUCAUGACCUUGACGCCAUUCCAGCAGAGACAAGAUCCUGUGACACUGCCCGAGAUCAGCCCGCAGCCUUUCCUGGAUCGACGGGCGCUCAUGAUCUACACGUCGGGAACGACAUCCAACCCCAAGGGCUGCGUCACCACGCACAAGAACAUCACCUUCCAAGCCCAGUGUCUGAUUGAGGCGUGGAAGUACAACCCUUCGGAUCGGCUAAUUCACGUCCUCCCGCUCCACCAUGUGCACGGGAUCAUCAACGGCCUCGCUGCUAGUCUGCUUAGUGGCGUCACUGUGGAAAUGCACCCCAAGUUCGACCCGAAGGUGAUCUGGAGCCGGUGGGAGGAAGGAGGGUCUACGAUGUUCAUGGCCGUGCCGACCAUCUACUCCCGCCUGGUGGACUACUUCGAGGCGAAUCUGCGCGGCACCGAGCAGGAACAAGCUGCGCGGGCCGGCGCAAAGGCGCUGCGGCUGAUUGUCAGCGGAUCCGCGGCUCUCCCCACGCCCAUCAAGAGCAAAUUCGCCGCGAUCACAGGCCAGGUCCUCCUGGAACGGUACGGCAUGACGGAGAUCGGCAUGGGGAUCAGCUGCGGGCUGGACGUGAGCGAGCGCAUUGACGGCAGUGUCGGCUGGCCGCUCCCGGGGGUGCAGGUGCGACUUACGGACAAGGAGACGGGACGGGUCAUUGAGGCGGCGCACGAGGAUGGCAUGAUCGAGAUCAAGGGAGACAACGUUUUCCUCGAAUACUGGCGUCGCCCGGAGGCAACGAGCAAGGAGUUCACCUCGGACGGGUGGUUCAAGACGGGCGACGUUGCCCGACGGGAGGACAAUGGCGCGUACUUUAUCCAGGGGCGUGCGUCGGUGGACCUGAUCAAAUCGGGCGGGUACAAGAUCUCCGCGCUGGAGGUGGAGCGGAAGAUGCUGGGGCUGGAAGCCAUCCAGGAGGUGGCGGUCGUCGGGCUGGCGGACGAGGAAUGGGGACAGCGAGUGGCGGCGGUGGUCAAGCAGCGGGCAGGGACCGAGCCACUAGAACUACCCAGCCUGCGCACACAGCUCAAGCAGGAGAUGGCGCCAUACAAGAUCCCGACGGUGCUGAAGCUGGUGGAUGCGAUUGAGCGCAACGCGAUGGGCAAGGUGAACAAGAAGACGAUUGUGCAGAAAUACUGGCCGGCCCUUGCCUAGCCCGUCACCAUAACUUAGUGCUAUACUAUAUAUACCUACCAUACUCAACCAC